AAUCAAUCAUUUAGUCACUAAUCACGUUUAAAGCGUGCUUCAUAAUUCUAGGAAUUAUCAUCACUGUUUCAUUGGCUAUUUAUGAUGUAAAUGGAAGGAUAAAGACAAUUUUAAGAAUUUCGGUAUCGAGAAAAUGGGCUAUGUAUAUUUCAAAGGUAUAUGAUAUUCAUACCUGAACCUUGUUUCUCAAAUAAAACAGAAAAAGAUUAGAAUGUCUGAAUACCGCAUCUGCGAAUAAAUUGAAUGCGUCUGUAAUGCGUUUACUGAAUAGAAAGUUAUUGUUAAUGCAUGGUAAUGCAUAAUGAACAACUUAUGGGAUAUUUCUAAGCACUUGACACGGCAUUUCGAGGAAUUUGAAAAUCGCGAAACAACAGAUUCACGAAGGGAAAUUAAUUUUAUCGACAAGGGGCACGCGACUUCUCGAGUCACACGGUAUUCCUCUCUUUUCUCUUCUUUCCUCUAUCGUCCUUUGCCCCGUCCCCACCAUUCCACAGUUUUGUAAUGCCUCUCUGUCUCUGGCACUUCCUGUGUUCCGCCACGUUCACCUGACUGCCGGCACCUGCCUUCAUAACUAUCUAGGUGUACACAGCAUAUAGAAGCAAAGCGUGUAUCCUAUGGGACUUUAGUUUCUCCGCUCGUUUCAUCGGCCACGGUGUACUCUCUGGCUUGUGCCUACUAGCGCACACAUUCCACCUGGAAACACGCCGAGUGCGCUACACGCAGUCGAUGUUACGCUGUCGUUCACCACGGCCGGACUAUCGGAGCUUUUCCUCUCCCGCUGAUAACACUCACGCCUCGAACCGGCGCCCGAUCAUUAGUGUCCUCCGCGGCCACGAAUAAUUCAAUUUCUCCAGGAUUACCAUUGGAAUCGAAAGAAGGAAGAAUAGAUCGUGGAACAAGGAUGGCAUAGAAGAUUUAGAAUAGCUGAUCUCGAGGAAGCGUGCCGAACGAUCCUUUUCCGUUUUACGUCUCGAGCUCGAUAUUUCGCGAGUUGUUGCGAUAGUGAAGGAUUUGUUUAGUGUAAUAACUCGAAGCCGAAAGGUGAAUCUUCACUGUAAAGUGACUGUUUGCACGUGGAGCUGAUUCCUUUAUCGUUGGUUUCAGUGCUUUAUAAUGUCAUCUGGAUUUCGUAGCCGUGGACGAAAACCUUGAGCUUCCCUGCGAGGGUGUCCCCCCAGAGGCCUGCCAAGGAGUCGAAAGGGUUUCAUGUGAGCCCCAGUGCUAGUCCCACAUCGCCACCCAGCCCGAUCAACGACAACAUGGACAAGACGCCGAUUAUUACCGAUGAGAAUUUCCAGGAUCUGGAAGCAGAAAAGGCAAUAAUGGGAUCCAUUGUGUACUGUAUACAUCAUAAGGACGGAUGCAAGUGGUCGGAUGAACUUCGGAAAUUAAAGGCUCACCUGAAUACCUGCAAGCACGACGCAGUCCCCUGCAGCAAUAAAUGUGGCGCGAUGAUUCCGCGUGUACUGAUGGAGGAUCAUUUGAAAUACACUUGUGCCCAGCGGCGAGCACGCUGCGACUUCUGUGCCAAAGAAUUCACCGGUCACACGCUCGAGAAGCACACAGGGACGUGUGGCUACGAGCCGCUCUAUUGCGAGAAUAAAUGCGGUAUGAAGGUACAACGAAGGCACCUCAGUCAGCAUAAGUUGGGCGAAUGUGCGAAAAGAUUGGUGGCGUGUCGUUAUUGUAACAAAGAGUUCGUUUUUGACACUCUUGGUGCUCAUCACGCUAAGUGUGGUCGUUUUCCAGUCGCUUGUCCGCAUCGUUGCGAAACUGCUGUCUUACCAAGAGAAGAUCUCGAAGUCCAUUUGAAAGAUCAUUGCACUACACAUCUCUUAUCGUGUACUUUCAAAGAUGCUGGUUGCCGUUUUAAGGGAAACAGAUUCUCGUUGGACAAACAUCUGGAAGAAUCAGCAAAGAUGCAUUUAAGUUUGAUGUGCAGUGUAGUAACCAAACAGCAGCACCAAAUAACCAGUUUGAAAUCUGCUAUUAGUAAACUAUCGUUAAACUAUACGGGCACGCUUAUAUGGAAAAUCACGGAUUACAGUGCUAAAAUGUCCGAGGCGAAGGCUAAGGAAGGAAUGGAACUCGUCAGCCCUCCCUUUUACACUAGUCAAUAUGGUUACAAGCUACAGGCGUCAGUUUUCUUAAACGGAAACGGAACCGGCGAAGGAAGUCAUAUUUCAAUAUACAUAAAGAUUCUUCCCGGAGAGUAUGACGCUCUGUUGCGAUGGCCAUUCUCCCAUAGCGUGUCUUUUACUAUAUUCGAUCAAACUGUAGUCGCAGAAAAAGCGUGCAAUAUUGUAGAAAGUUUUAUACCAGAUCCAACAUGGAAGAACUUUCAGAGGCCCAGUCGUGAACCCGAUUCCCUUGGUUUUGGUUUUCCUCGAUUUGUUUCUCAUGAAAUGGUAAAGAAACGACAUUUUGUCAAAGAUAACACCAUGUUCAUCCGGGUAAAGGUCGAUCCUAGCAAAAUAGUAGCUGUUUGAAGGAAUGAAUAUUUUUUAUGAGAAUCGUAUUUUUUUUAAUACGUUGUAUCAUACUAUCUCAAUCGCUAUCGUUCCACUUACUACUGUUGCGUUACACACGCGUGCACAUGUGUGUUUUUCAAUGUGGUUUAUACGCGUUUUUUAUUUUUACACAUAUUAUCAGUCCAGUAAACGAUUAAUGGUACUUGAUAUUUAUUAAUUGUAUACUUGAUGUGAUAGGCAGAAGUACUUUAUAUACAAAGCACGUGGUACUUACGUCAUUGCACUGAUAGUAUACUAUGUAUAGUGAAACUGUCAGAAUAUACAUGAAACAUUUAGGAAACAAUAGUAGAAACAAAACUAAUGAAAUGAAAUGAAAUACUUGGACAAGGAUACGAAUUGGGAAAUUUUGAAUUUCAAUUAUCUUUAUUUUUUGGAAUGAAUAUUUAUAUUAAUUUCAAAAAAAAUUCAAAAAAUUUGAAUAUAAGAGGAUAUUUGAACAAGAAACGAAUCAUAAAUAAACGAUCUUUUAUUUAGAUUAUUUAGAUAAUUAUAAUAUUAAUUAAUUACUGAUUGAGCGGUUUAUAUCAAAUUUUAAAUUAAUUUCAACAUUCAAUUAUAAUAUCGAAUUUUUAUUUUGUUACAAUUCCCAAUUAUUUUCAUCUUUCAUUUCAUAAUAAUUUUCCAUGUUCUUUAUACUUAAUAUUUCGAUUUACAAACUUAACAUUAGAUUGAAGUUUUGACUGAUAUUAAAGCAAAUUAAUUUUUUCCAGUUGGUUAACCGAUGAUUGAUUUAACCGAUCAAUGUUAAGUUUGCUAAAACGAAAAGCUCUACUUUAAGAAUUCAAAUCAAAGAUUAUUAAAGGACUGUGUAUUAUAAGUUUAAGGGAUGUAAAUAUUGUGAAAAAAAAAAAAAUAAUCAUAGCGCCGAAUGAAUAUGAUAUAUAAUUAAUCGAAGCGACAAAUUUACCGAUGUAAAUACGAAUUUACACACAUUAGUGAUAAUGAGAAAUUGUGAUUGAGAUGCUAGUGACUGUAUGUAAUGAUCUACUAAAUAUAAGAAAUAAUAAAACUAUUACAUUCAUAUA